UGUGCAGCACUCAAUAAAUACUGCUGUGUACUGCUCUGUCAGGGUUUUCUAACCCACCCUGGUGCCUUUUGUUCUCUCUGUAACACUAACCCUUACAGAUAGUCAUAUGAAAACGGAGAAGCAGAAAUGGAGAAACAGGUGGUGGAUAUAGCCAGGAGAGCCUUUAACACGGGUAGGUCCAGAGUCCUGCAGUACAGAGUGGAGCAGCUCCGAGCUUUACUGCGGCUCAUUAGACAGAAACAGGAGGACAUCAGUGUUGCUCUCACACAUGACCUGCACAGGAAUGAGUUCAACACACCGCUUUUGGAGCUCAUUGGGCUUGAGAAUGAAAUCAAGCUGGCUGAACGUGAACUGAGUGACUGGACAAGACCUCAGCCUGUUCAAAAAAACCUCCUCACCCUGACAGAUGAUGUUUUUAUUAAAGCUGAACCUUUGGGUGUGGUGCUGAUCAUUGGAGCCUGGAACUAUCCAUGGGGUCUUACCCUGGGGCCGCUCAUUGGUGCAAUCGCAGCAGGCAAUGCUGCUGUGGUGAAACCUUCAGAACUGAGUAAGAAUUCAGCCAGCCUACUGAAAGAACUGCUUCCUCAGUAUUUGGAUCAGGAGAUGUACCACGUGGUGACUGGAGGAGUGCCUGAAACCCAGGAGUUGCUGAAGCAGCGUUUCGAUCACGUCUUCUACACAGGAAACAGCACAGUGGGGAAACUGGUGAUGGAAGCAGCCGCACACCACCUCACACCAGUCACCCUGGAGCUGGGGGGGAAAAGUCCCUGCUAUAUUGAUCAGAACUGUGACCUUGCAGUUGCUUGCCGUCGAAUCACCUGGGGGAAGUUUGCUAACUGUGGCCAGACGUGCAUCGCACCAGACUACAUUCUCUGUAACUCCAGCAUCCAGAACAGACUGAUCGAAGGGAUUCGCCAGACAUUACAGGAGUUCUACGGUGAGAACCCAAAAAGCUCUCCAGAUUACGGCCGCAUCAUCAACCAGAAUCACUUUGAGCGCGUGCUGGCCCUGAUGGAGGGGUGCAGUGUGGCUGUGGGGGGAGAGAGCGAUAAAUCACAGUGUUAUAUUGCUCCUACCGUUCUGAAGGAUGUUUUGCCUCACGCCAGGAUAAUGCAGGAAGAGAUCUUUGGACCCGUGCUGCCAAUCAUCACUGUCGGUGAUCUCAAUGAGGCCAUUUGCUUCAUUAAUGAUAGAGAAAAACCUUUGGCUCUUUAUAUCUUUUCUUCAGAUAAGAAGGUGAUCAAGCGAAUGCUGAGUGAGACAUCUAGUGGAGGAGUGGUCGUUAAUGAUGUAAUGAUCCACUACACAAUCAGCUCCUUACCCUUCGGGGGAGUAGGAAACAGUGGGAUGGGCAGAUACCAUGGCAAGCACACAUUUGACCAGCUUAGUCAUAAACGUGCUUGCCUCAUCAAGUCCUUGGGAAUGGAAAGUCUGAACAAAGCACGCUACCCUCCACAAACAUCGUCCCGUCUGCGCAGAGCCCGCUUCUUCAUGCGGAGCCGCUUAUGCAGCUGUACUCAUCUCACCUGCGUCUGGGCCAUCAUCUCCACCAUGCUGGCCUUGGGUCUGCUCAUCGCCUUACUGGUCGUCCUGCUCAAGGGUAUUGUGAUUUGAAGACUCUGACCAUCAUGCCUAAAGAUUUACACCUCAAGACAAGAUGCUGCAGUUAUGAAUUGAAGCAAAGCCUGACAAAUAGUAUUUAAACUAUAGUCUGUUGUAAUUUUUUUGUGUGUACAUGUCCCGGCUGUAUUUUUCAUUGUGUUUUGUUUGUUUUUAAACCCUGUGUGGUUUAUAGAGUGUGCAUGAUUGCAGACUCUUUCAGCAGCUGAAAUGCCAGCAGGACAAACACAGACUUGUCUAUAGCGUUACCCGAAUUUCCCGAGCACAGGACAGGGAAUUGGAAUCCCCAGUGUUUUUGGAUAAGCCGUUUUCCCUGUUCAGUGAAGCAAGCAACAAAGAGCUUGUUCUUUAUGCUUUAUGCUUUGAUGCUCAAGCACUGAGAAUCUGAAGGAUUUGGCAUUGUUGAACACUGGCACAAAUCUGCCACCGGGUGGCGUAAUGUCAUUACAGUAUAACAUGAGCUCAUCUAUUUUUAGUAUUAAUCUCAAUUCCAGUUGGAAGUAACCUCGUCGUUAUCAUCCGUAAUUAUGAUAUUCAUCCGAAAGUUCAUUUUAAAAAAUGUUAUUUCGAAUAUUAUUCACGAUGUAAUAACACUGCACCCAUACUGACUCUUGAAUUAGAGCCUUUUUUUUUUUCUUUUUUUUUGGCUACUGGUCUUUUGGAGGGGCUGUGAAUGUCUUAAGAACUAAUGAAAAUCUUCUUUACAUUUCUGGUUUAGAUUUAAUUCAAGAAAGACCUUUGACUGACUGGGGGGUUUUCGUCACCACGCUCGAGUCCAAAUAUUUCAAAUCCAAUACACAUUGUUCUUCUCAAGUAUCAUCUGGGUUUACGUUCCACAUUCUCUAUACCACACACUGGGAAUAGACAUAUUUUACUCCUGGAUGUGUAUAUGUGCUUCUUCAUGUUCUGUAUUUCAUCAGGUCGCAAUUCUGCCAUGACUCUAGCGGACCCCGAGGCAGUGACCCAACUGUGGUACAGCUUUACUCUCGUGUACUUCAGGGAGUUCAUGCAUUCCAGCUCAAGCUCAGAGCUGUACAGGAGUGUCUGUUUACUUUGGAUUACAUUCCAAGUGUGGCUUACAAUCUUAAAGUGCUACAACUCCACUGACGCUUUCAGAAUUUAUUAUUAUUAUUAUUAUUAUUAUUAUUAUUAUUAAUUUUUUUGCCUUUUUAUUUUUGUUGAACUUACUGUAUGUUGUCAUUGUUCUUUUUGUUUUUGUUUGUAUCUAAUGAUUCAGAGCAUUGUAAUUUAGCUCAGCUUUGUGAAGCAGGAUGCAGAUAUAGGUCGACACAGAGUUGAGCUUUUAAUUCUGUGCACUUGAAACAAAAAAAAAAACAAAACGAGAAAACGAUGUGUCCGAGAUAUAGAUACAGAGCUCUCAGAGGUUUUACACGUACAACGCGCACAGUCAUAACAGGGCUGACAGAUGUGACAGAAGAAGGAAAAAAAGAGAAAAUAGAACUGGUAACUUCCCUGGGUGUCAGUAUAGCAUAAAUAUGAACAGGACACACACACAAAAGGUAUCCAUCCAUCCAUUUUCCAUACCACUUUUCCUACACAGGGUCAUGUGGGAGCCUGGAGUCUAUCCCAGGAGACAGGGGACAUCCUGGACGGGGUGCCAAUACAUCACAGGGCACAAUCACACACGCAUUCAAACAGUUCAGACAAUUUGGAAAUGGCAGUCGUCCUACAACGCAAAAUUUUUGGACUGGGGAGGAAACCGGAGUACCCAAAAGAAAGCCCAGAAGCAUGGGGAGAACAUGCAAACUCUGUGCACACACACAGGGCAGAGGCCGGAUUCAAACCCUUAAACCCAGAGGUGUAAAGGCAAACGUGCUAAUCAUAAAGUCUCUGUAUACAAUAACAAAUUAAACUUUGUUAAUAGUGGGUUGUGAUUUCUAGCACUGUGACAAAAUUAAAAAAUGGCAGAUCC